AUGAAUCUGGCACUGAUCGAUCCCUUCCAACUAGCCCAAGACUCGCCGGACGCUCUCAUCAAUGAUCUCCGAUCCGGCCAUGCCACUACACUGCGCUUUAGCCGUAAAGGCGACUACCUCGCCUCCGGCAGAGUUGAUGGCAAAGUCGUUAUCUGGGACAUGGAGACAUUCGGCGUGGCAAUGAAGCUACACGGUCAUUGGAAACAGAUUCAGAGUCUCAGCUGGUCUCGUGAUGGCCGAUACAUCCUCUCCGCAUCACAAGAUUGUCGCGCCUGUCUCUGGGACCUGCAGACCCAGGAGCGCAUUCGCAUCGUGAAGUUCGAAGCACCCAUCUACACCGCCGAACUACACCCAUACAACCGCAACAUGUUCAUAGCUUCGCUAUUCGAGGACCGCCCACAUCUAGUCGACAUCACAGACCCCAUACCAGUCAAGCGCAUCCUCCCUACGACUCCAUUGACCGACAGCAUCCCGCGAUCCGAGAACAAACAAGCAACCACGUCAGCUGUCUUCUCCGUCCUCGGCAACCACAUCAUCACCGGAACGUCAAAGGGAUACAUCAACAUCCUGGAAACCGAGUCGCGCAAGAUCAUCCACUCGACCAAGAUCUCGUCGGGCCUGAUCUCGCUGCUACGUCUGACCUCCAACGGCCGCCAACUGCUGGCUAACAGCACCGACCGCAUCAUCCGCAUCAUCAACCUGCCUGACCUCUCAUUGAUCACCCCAUCGUCAUCAUCGUCGUCCGCUGCUGCCUCCAACAACAACAACCCAUCAUCGGCUGCUGGUGCUGGACAAGACCAGCAACAGCAGGGAAAACCACAAGCAGCAGAUUCCGAAGCCGACCCCGCCACCCUUGCCGAGAACAUUGUCCUAACCACUGAACACAAGUUUCAAGACCUCGUGAACCGCCUACGUUGGAACCACUGCGCAUUCAGCCACUCUUCAUCCACAGGAAUUGCCGACUACGUGACAGCCUCGACGUACAUGAAGAAGGACAUCUACAUCUGGGAGCUGCGGACCAACUCGCUGCUACGGAUUCUGGAGAACCGCGAAGAACCUGCAAUCAUCGAAUGGCACCCGUCGAAACCGCUGUUGGCCUGCACUAGUAUUGAGACCGGCAGUAUCCAGAUCUGGGGCAUCGAGCCGCAGCAGAAAUGGUCCGCGUUGGCACCCGACUUCACCGAGCUGACCGAGAACGUCGAGUACGUUGAGCGCGAGGACGAGUUCGACACCUACCCGCAGGAAGAGCACCAGAAGCGCCGUCUGGAUCGUGAAGACGAGAUUGUCGACGUGUUGACCGUCGAGCGCAAGACGGGCGAGGAGGACAGUUUCGUCUUGCCUGUGCUGUUCGACAUUGAGGACAGCGAGGACGAAGAUCAGGAGCUGGUCAAGAUGGGUGUCGGUACCCUGAGGAAGAGAGACAUCAAUGAAGGCAAGGAGUACGAGAACGAUGCCGACGACGUAGGCAAGGCCGCGCGGCGACGCAAGUAG